AGUAUGUAUCUUUUUAUUUUGUCAGAAUACAGUACACAUUAUAUACACACAAGCACUCGUAGACGUGAGACAUAAUUUAAUCUAACCCAUUAUAAACAUAUCAAAAACAUCCCCGCAAGAAAGGACACAAAAGAUCCUCCAGCAAUGGCGGGGUCAAGUUCUUCCCUCCCUCCUCUUUGCGAGAAGAUCUCAUACAAAAACUAUUUUCUAAGAGCUGUAGAUCUCACGAUUCUAGGCCUUCUCUUUUCUCUUCUCUUGCAUCGAAUCUUACUUAUGAAACAAAGCGACAACGUAUGUGUUGUGGCUUUUCUCUGUGAAUCCUUUUUCACUUUCGUAUGGCUGAUUAUUACCUUCAUAAAAUGGAGUCCUGCUGAAUAUAAACCGUAUCCUGAUAGACUUGAUGAAAGGGUUCAUGACCUACCAUCCGUAGAUAUGUUCUUGACAACGGCAGAUCCGGUAAAGGAGCCGCCGAUUCUCGUUGUGAAUACCGUGCUUUCUCUGUUAGCCGUGAACUAUCCGGCAAACAAACUAGCUUGUUAUGUUUCGGACGAUGGAUGCUCACCUCUCACUUACUUCUCUCUCAAGGAAGCUUCAAAGUUCGCCAAGAUUUGGGUUCCGUUCUGCAAGAAAUACAAUGUUAGAGUUAGAGCUCCUUUUAGAUAUUUCUUGAACCGUCCGGCCGCAACAGAAAGUUCCGAAUUCAGUAAAGACUGGGAUAUGAUGAAGAGGGAAUACGAGAAGUUAUGCCGGAAAGUGGAAGAUGCCACCGGAGAUUCCCAUUGGUUGGAUGCAGAUGAUGACUUUGAAGCUUUCUCAAACACAAAACCAAAUGAUCAUUCAACUAUAGUUAAGGUGGUAUGGGAGAACAAGGGAGGUGUGGGAGACGAGAAAGAGGUCCCACAUUUUGUAUACAUUUCAAGAGAGAAAAGACCAAAGUACUUUCAUAAUUAUAAAGCUGGAGCCAUGAACGUUCUGGUACGAGUGUCAGGGUUGAUGACAAAUGCACCAUACAUGUUGAACGUAGACUGCGACAUGUAUGUGAAUGAAGCAGAUGUGGUGCGACAAGCAAUGUGUAUAUUUCUGCAAAAUUCGAUAUCGAAUUCAAACAAUUGUGCUUUUGUUCAGUACCCUCAAGAUUUCUAUGAUUCUAACGCCGAUGAACUCGCCGUAUUACAAUCAUAUAUAGGACGCGGAGUUGCGGGAAUCCAAGGAUCAAUAUAUGCUGGCUCAGGUUGCUUGCACACAAGAAGAGUUAUGUACGGUAUUUCUCUUGACGAUUUAGAAGAUGAUGGAAGAAGUCUUUCUUCAGUUGCUACAAGGAACUAUUUGGCUGAAGAAAAUUUAGCGAGAGAAUUUGGAAAUUCUAAAGAGAUGGUGACAUCGGUAGUCAAUGCAUUACAAAGAAAAUCAAAUCCCCAACACUCAUCCCUUACAGACUUUCUAGAAGCGGCUCAAGAAGUUGGGCAUUGUGACUACGAGAACCAAACCAGCUGGGGCAAAACCAUCGGUUGGUUAUAUGGUUCGACAACAGAAGAUGUGCACACAAGUUUAGGAAUCCAUUCGAGAGGGUGGACUAGCUCAUAUAUUUCUCCGGAUCCACCUGCUUUUCUUGGGGUUAUGCCAUCGGGAGGACCAGAGGCAAUGGUCCAGCAGCGGCGAUGGGCGGCAGGAUUGCUCGAAGUACUUUUCAACAAACGGAGUCCAUUGAUCGGAGUGUUUUUUGGAAAACUGAGAUUCCGACAAAGCUUGGCUUAUCUUUACAUUCUCACUUGGGGUCUAAGGUCAAUCCCCGAGCUCUUCUAUUGUCUAUUGCCUGCUUAUUGUCUACUCCACACCUCUGCCUUAUUUCCCAAGGGAGUUUAUUUAGGUAUAAUCGUCACGCUUGUGGGGAUGCAUUGUCUUUACACUCUAUGGGAAUUUAUGAGCCUUGGUUUCUCCAUACAAUCAUGGUUUGUCUCCCAAUCAUUUUGGAGAAUAAAAAGCACUUGUAGUUGGUUGUUUGGCAUCCCUGAUAUCAUACUCAAGUUUCUUGGAAUUUCGGAAACCGUCUUUGUUGUCACUAAAAAGACUAUGCCAGAGAUAAGGUCAGAAUCUGAAUCCGGAAAAUCUCAACAAGAAGAUGAUUGUCCAAACCAAAAUUCGGGUAAAUUUGAAUUUGAUGGUUCGUUCUACUUUCUGCCGGGCACAUUUAUUAUUUUUGUGAAUUUAGCCGCUCUAGUUGGGUUUUCGGUGGAUUUACUCCAACAAUUGAGUUAUAGUCACGGAGGAAGUAGUUCCGGUAUGGCAGAGGCUUGUGGAUGUGUUUUGGUGGUAAUGUUGUUCCAUCCAUUUCUAAUGGGCAUGUUUGAGAAGGGAAAAUAUGGUAUCCCAUUGUCUACUCUUUCUAUAGCUGCCUUUUUAGCAGUUUUAUUUGUUGUUUUCUCUUUGGGAAAACUAGUAUACUGAUAUGGGUUUGUUAUGCACACAACUUAAAGUUUAUCAUGACAUUGUCUCAAUUGAUAAUGAUAUGUAUGCAAUUAGUUUUUUUUCUUCAUUAUAUA